AUGUUGCCGUCAAGUGUGAGCGCGUCUAGUGUUUCGCGCAAAGGGCGAAGCAGCAGUGCUGGCACGAAGCGGCCACCCAGCGAAACUGACGCCGCUCUGCCGCCAACCAAGCGAUCGUGUUCAGCAUCUCCAACAAAGGCAAGCAUAGACGCGAUGCCAAAUAGGGUACAUCGGAGGGUCAUUCUUCGGGACUAUGGAAAGCCGAUCUACAAGGCAAGCUCUCGAGUGGCUCUACUUGCCGCGCUGGAGGCCUGCAUUGAAGGUCACCAGUCCUUGCGCAAGGUGGGCUUUCUCCACAGAGACAUCUCCAUCAACAAUCUCAUGAUCAAUGAAGACGACGAGAAUCCAUCCCGGCGAGCGUUCUUGGUUGACCUCGACCUCGCCAUUAGAGACCAACGACAAGAUACCUCGGGAGCAAAGGGAAAGACAGGCACGAGGGCGUUCAUGGCCAUCGGUGCUUUACUCGGGCAGUAUCAUUCUUUCAUGCACGACCUCGAGUCAUUCUUCUGGGUGCUCUUCUGGAUAUGCAUCCCCUACAACGGGCCAGGCAAGGAUAUCGGACCAACUGACUUUGAGAGUUGGAACUAUGAAAGCGACAAUAAGCUGGUUGGGUCUAAAAAGGGGGUGAUUUCUGAUGAAGAGGAUUUUCUCAACAGUGCGGAGGUCAACUUUACGCCCUACUACAAAUCAUUGAUCCCAUGGGUCAAUAGACUAAGGAGGAAAGUUUUCCCAAAUGGCGAGAGGAGGAAACAUGAAGACCGAGGCCUGUAUUCCAAGAUGAAGGAGGUGUUGCAGGCGGCGAGGGAGACAGAGGUAACUGGCUCUUGA